UUGGACUUCCUCCCACUCUUCCCUCCGCCCCUCCCUCGGCCCGCCCACGGUCUCCCACCCGUUUGGGACUGCGUCAUAAGUAUCCCUAGACCUGGGCUUGCAGCAGCAUAAGGCAAACGAGAGAGAAAGUAAGUGCUGCUAGGGCUAGCGCGAUCUUCUCUUCCAACCUGCAGCCCAGGACGCUGAUUCGAGCGGCGCCUUACCGCGCAGCCCGAAGAUUCACCAUGGUGAAAAUCGCCUUCAACACACCCACCGCGGUGCAAAAAGAGGAGGCACGGCAAGACGUGGAGGCUCUUGUAAGCCGCACGGUCCGAGCUCAGAUUCUGACCGGCAAGGAGCUCCGAGUUGCUACCCAGGAAAAUGAGGACUCCUCUGGAAGAUGCAUGCUUACUCUCUUAGGCCUUUCAUUCAUCUUGGCAGGACUUAUUGUUGGUGGAGCCUGCAUUUACAAGUACUUCAUGCCCAAGAGUACCAUCUACCGUGGAGAAAUGUGCUUCGUUGAUUCUGAGGACCCCACAAAUUCCCUUCAAAGGGGAGAGCCCUACUUCCUGCCUGUGAUGGAGGAGGCUGACAUUCGUGAGAAUGACAACGUUGCAAUCAUUGAUGUGCCUGUCCCCAGUUUCUCUGAUAGUGACCCUGCAGCAAUUAUUCAUGACUUCGAAAAGGGCAUGACUGCUUACUUGGACUUACUGCUGGGGAACUGCUAUCUGAUGCCUCUCAAUACCUCUAUUGUAAUGCCUCCAAAGAAUCUAGUGGAGCUCUUUGGCAAACUGGCUAGUGGAAAAUACCUACCUCGCACUUAUGUCGUUCGUGAAGACCUGGUUGCUGUGGAAGAGAUUCGUGAUGUUAGUAACCUUGGCAUCUUUAUUUACCAACUUUGUAACAACCGCAAGUCCUUCCGUCUUCGUAGAAGAGACCUCUUGCUGGGUUUCAACAAACGUGCCAUUGAUAAAUGCUGGAAGAUUAGACACUUCCCCAACGAAUUUAUUGUUGAGACCAAGAUCUGUCAAGAGUGAGAACAUAAAGAGUAUUCUUAGCAAAAAGAAGUCAGAGAUUUACAAUAUAACUUCAGCAUUAAAGUGUGUGGUAUACUCAAGAUAUUUACUCAUGCAUUUACUCUAUUCCUUAUACUGAAAAAGAGAGGGGGAACCCUACUAACUACUGCAAGCUCUUGUCAAUUUAGUUUAAUUGGCAUUGCUUGUUGUUUGAAAAUGAAAUUAAAUAUUUUUUAUGUUUUUCUUUUGAAUUUAUAGGGCUUAGAUUUCUGAAAGCAGCAUGAAUAUGUCAGUUAACAUCUUGACAAUAAAUUCCAAACUUUGUGUUGUUUUUUUAAAGUAAGCUCUUCACUCAGUCAUAUAGUAGAGCAUGGUUUACAUUUAAAUGUUUAAAAUUGUUUUUGAUCUUUUUUGUGUAAAGCAUGUCAAAUCUCUUAACAUUGUUAAGUUUUGUUUGUUUUUCAUUUCUGCUACUUUCCUGAAUUUAAAAAUUACAUUUUUGCAUUUCUGUUAGGUGCUCUGUAAUAUAUAUGACAUAUGUGAAAAUUUUUCAUAAAGAAGUCAUUUUCACUAAUGCAGUGAUUCUUCUUCACUAAUAUCUGUAUUGUGAAAUCCACAAAACUGUACAAGUGCUGAAUGCCAUAAGGAAUUUAGGUUGUAUGAAUUCUACAACCAUAUAAUAAAUUUUGCCAUAU